AUGAAGACGAUGACACCGACCACGGGCGAAACGCUGCGGGCCUGGCUGCUGUCGGCGCUGGUGGUGCACGGUGCCGUCGCCGGUAAUCCCGACGCGAAGCGGCUCUACGACGAUCUGCUGAGCAACUACAACAAACUGGUGCGACCGGUGGUCAACACCUCGGACGUGCUGCGCGUCUGCAUUAAGCUCAAGCUGUCGCAGCUAAUCGAUGUGAACCUGAAAAAUCAAAUCAUGACCACCAAUCUCUGGGUCGAGCAGUCCUGGUACGACUACAAACUGCGCUGGGAGCCGAAGGAGUACGGUGGCGUCCAGAUGCUGCACGUACCCUCCGACCACAUCUGGCGGCCGGAUAUAGUACUGUACAACAAUGCCGACGGCAAUUUCGAGGUGACGUUAGCAACAAAAGCAACCAUAUACUCCGAAGGUUUGGUUGAAUGGAAACCUCCUGCCAUUUAUAAAUCAUCAUGUGAAAUUGACGUAGAAUAUUUUCCAUUUGAUGAACAAACAUGCGUAUUGAAAUUUGGAAGUUGGACAUAUGAUGGUUUUAAGGUCGACCUGAGGCACAUGGACGAAAAAUCUGGUAGCAACAUCGUAGACGUCGGUGUCGAUCUGUCCGAAUUUUACAUGUCUGUAGAGUGGGACAUCCUGGAGGUGCCGGCAGUGAGGAAUGAAAAGUUCUACACCUGCUGUGACGAACCGUACCUUGACAUCACGUUUAACAUCACGAUGCGACGCAAGACGCUUUUCUACACCGUCAACAUUAUCAUUCCGUGCAUGGGCAUCUCGUUCUUGACGGUGCUGACGUUCUACCUACCAUCGGACAGUGGAGAAAAGGUUACGCUCUCGAUAUCGAUCCUGAUUAGUCUCCACGUGUUCUUCCUGCUGGUAGUCGAAAUCAUUCCGCCAACGUCGCUAGUUGUGCCUUUGCUGGGGAAAUAUCUGAUAUUUGCAAUGAUACUCGUCUCCAUUAGUAUAUGCGUCACGGUUGUGGUGUUAAAUGUGCACUUCCGGUCUCCACAGACACAUCGAAUGGCACCGUGGGUGAAGACGUUUUUUAUAGAUUUUUUACCUCGUUUUCUCUUCAUGAAGCGUCCACCGUACAUUGAGAACCACAGAAAAAUGCUAUCAAAAGACCUACACGCUUGCUUUUAUCCUUAUUACUCAUCUACUACGUUAAAUCGCGUAGCUCGUUUUGCUAGUAGGACACCGUCUAAAGAAGGCCUGUCUCCGUCAAGUCUGUCCGGCACCGGCCCGUUCGGCGGAAGCUGCCAGAUCCACGGGCCGAUCCAGCUGCCGCACUCCGAGUCGGAGGAGCUGUCCAUGUCGACGGCCGCCGACACGGCCGUACCGUCGGGGCUGAAGAGCCCCGCCUUCAAGCAGCCCGCCUUCUCGCACAGUGUCUGCUCCACCGAGGGGCACCGGAGCUGCUUCUGCGUCCGGUUCAUCGCCGAGCACACGAAGAUGCUGGAGGACUCGACCAAGGUUAAGGAAGAUUGGAAGUACGUGGCCAUGGUGCUGGAUCGGCUGUUUCUGUGGAUCUUCACGCUGGCGGUGCUGGCCGGCACGGCCGGGAUCAUCCUGCAGGCACCGACCCUGUACGACGACCGGAUACCCAUCGACAAGACGUUCGACGAGCUGGCCACCUCCACCGUUGUCCGCUGCCCUCCACAAUAG